CGACUCCUCGUUUACGACGCGUGGAGACAGGUGGCCCAGAGAUCCAUGACAAACCGUCUCUGUCAUUUGUAGGUUGGUUGAACGAGUAUGAAUGUUUAUUUAAACGUGUGACUAACGGUAGAAGAACAGUUGAUUAACGUGAAAGCAAACGAAAGCGCGUCCAUUUCGCGGAGGUUCAAUAAGAAUAAUGACGUACCUUAAGUCAUGGGAAGAAUUCGAGAAGGUAGCUGAGAGGUUAUAUCUCCAAGAUCCACUGAAGGCUCGGUACACAAUGAAAUACUGCCAUAACAAAGGUACUUUAUCCCUCAAGCUCACAGACAAUCGUACGUGUUUGCAGUACAAAACAGAGAUCGCGCAAGAUCUGAAAAAGAUGGAAAAAUUCAUAGGCAACCUGAUGCGACACAUGGCGUCCAAGGACAACUAAUAUUUAUUACUAUAGGAAUAUAUUGUUUAAAUAAUAACGAUGAAAAAGGAUGAAACGAAAAAGAAAAACAAGGUAUUCACAAGGAUUCUAAAGUCCGUUUCUUUUACGAUACAUAUAUGUAUAUAGUAUAUUCAUAUAGAUUUUUUUAAUUUCUGUCUUUCAUUCCAUUGGGAUAAAAAAAAAAAAAAAAAAAAAAACAGUUGCUCUUUCGUUCUUUAAUAUACAAUAUGUGCAUUGAAAUUAUUCUUCAUUUGAACUUAAAGCUCGGUGCUUAUUUCGGCCUGCUUCUGUGUCGGCGAGUCAGAGUUCUGUAACAACAGAUAAAUGUUCAAUUAUUACUUGUUCUUCAUUCCGGCGAUGGAUGGAUUAAUCAUCUUUCAUAAUUGCAAUAGAUACUUACAAAUCCACAUGCAAGAAAUAGAUUAUGUGUAUUUGGAAAAUGAAAAGAAAUCACCCGCCAUGACUCAAUUCACUCGUAACCUGUGCCACUCUUGUUUAAUACCGAAGAAAACUAUGUGAAAAUAAAGUGGCAGAGGACGAUUUGCAAAGGGAAAUAAAUUUUUUGAAAACAAAAAA